AUGGAGAAGGAGAAACCCUGGGGUCUGGUCUCAGAGGAGGGGGUCGACCAAAAUGUACUUAAUAGUCUCAGUGACGUGUUGAAGCAUCACUUUCAAAUCCUCUUCAGAACAGAGUUUCUACAAAACCCUCAGCUGCAUGGUCCUAAAAUCCAGGCCCUGUUUGUAUGGAGCUGGCCUGCAGCUGAACACUCCUUGAUUAGUUUGCUCCCCUCGCUGAAGUUGGUAUCCAAUGGAGGGGCAGGCACUGACCACCUGGAUGUACAAUUAAUCAACAGUCGAGGGGUGAAGGUGACCAACACUCCUGGUGCGGUCAGCAACUCCACUGCUGAUAUGGCCAUGGCUCUACUUCUGGCAUCCGCACGCAGGAUUGUUGAGAGUCUAAAAAACAGAAUUGAAGAUACAAUUUUACCAAGAAGCCUGAGAGGAGUUGAAGUCACAGUAUCCACUCUGGGAAUCGUUGGAAUGGGCGAGAUCGGUUACAAAAUAGCUCAGAGAAGCAAAGGAUUUGACAUGAAGAUCCUGUAUCAUAAGAGGACCAGAAGGUUAAACAAGGAGGAAGCAGUGGGAGCGACUUACUGCCUGAGGCUGGACGAGCUGCUGACGAGGGCAGACUUUGUCGUCCUCGCCAUUUCCCCGACACCUGACGCGACGGGCCUCAUCAGCCAAAGAGAGGUGUCACUCAUGAAACCAGAGGCAACACUGGUCAACAUCAGCGGCGGUCUAGUGUUGGACCAGGACGCUUUAGUCAAAGCUCUCCAGUCUGUAACGAUUUGCGCAGCAGUGUUGGACGUGACUCAUCCUCAACGUUUACCAAGGUCUCGUCUCAGAAUCGCUUUGUCGUAA